CUUGGCUCGCAAACAGGGGACCCGGCCCUUCACUUCUGUCCCCUCUCCCUGUGGGAUACAUAUAAGACCCUGGUCCCAACUGCGAGGUGAGGAAAGGAGAAGGCCUGCCCGCAAGAUGGAUACAGGCAGCAAGGAGGUCUUGAUGGAGAGCCCACCGGACUACUCAGCAGGCCCCCGGGGCCAGUUCCGCAUCCCCUGCUGCCCAGUGAACCUCAAACGCCUUCUCAUCGUGGUUGUGGUGGUGGUCCUUGUCGUUGUGGUGAUCGUAGGGGCCCUGCUUAUGGGUCUUCACAUGAGCCAGAAACAUACUGAGAUGGUCCUCGAGAUGAGCAUUGGGGCACCAGAAGCCCAGCAACGCCUGGCCCUGAGUAAGCAUGCGGGUACCACUGCCACCUUCUCCAUCGGCUCCACUGGCAUCAUCGUGUAUGACUACCAGCGGCUCCUGACUGCCUAUAAGCCAGCCCCAGGAACCUACUGCUACAUCAUGAAGAUGGCUCCAGAUAACAUCCCCAGUCUUGAGGCUCUCACUAGAAAGUUCCAGAAUCUACAGGCCAAACCUGCAAACCCUAAGCUGGGCCAGGAGGAGGGGCAUGAGGGAGGCUCUGCUUCCUCAGGAGGAGACCUGGCCUUCCUGGGCCUGGCCGUGAGCACCCUGUGUGGAGAGGUGCCUCUCUACUAUAUCUAGGACUUCCAGGAUCUGUGGGAGCGAACCAGGCAGGAAAGAUCUGCAAGCAAAGGGGAGAAGCUGCUCUGGUUCACACCCCAGGGACUGACCCUGGAGAAACGGGAGCGAGGGUGUGGGAUGUGUGGGGGGGUGUAUGGGGGAGAGGUGGUUCCUCUGGGCCACGGGAUUCCUAUCACAAAAGAAUAAAGCAACUGAUUGAAAAACAAA